CUCUCUCGGCGGAUUGUUAUUUUCAUCAAGAUGGAGUUCUUGUUAGGGAAUCCGUACAGCACUCCCGUUGGCCAGUGCAUUGAAAAAGCCACAGAUGGUUCCCUGCAGAAUGAAGACUGGACACUCAACAUGGAGAUCUGUGACAUCAUUAAUGAGACUGAGGAAGGGCCCAAAGAUGCCAUGCGUGCGGUGAAGAAGAGACUCAACGGCAACAGAAACUUCAGGGAAGUGAUGCUGGCUCUCACUGUGCUGGAGACUUGUGUGAAAAACUGCGGACACCGUUUUCAUGUCCUUGUUGCCAACAGAGACUUUAUUGAAGGUGUCAUGGUGAAGAUCAUCUCUCCUAAGACCAACCCCCCUGCCAUAGUACAAGACAAAGUGCUAUCACUGAUUCAGGCUUGGGCAGAUGCUUUCAGGAGUAGCCCAGACCUCACUGGAGUUGUACAUAUUUAUGAGGAGCUGAAGAGGAAAGGAAUUGAGUUUCCCAUGGCAGAUCUGGAUGCUUUGUCACCAAUCCACACACCUCAACGGGGUGUACCCGAGGUGGAUCCAGGCACACACAAGUACAGUGCGCCCUCCAAGCCCAAGACAGCAUCUCAGACAGCUCCUAAACCUGCUGCUGCCGUGACCCAAAACUUUGACCCCACCCAGAUCCCAACUGUAUUGGGUCCCAUUACAGCAAACCCAGAGCAGAUCGCAAGGCUGAGAAGUGAGCUGGAUAUUGUGCGUGGGAACAUUAAAGUGAUGUCAGAGAUGCUGACAGAGAUGGUGCCAGGCCAAGAGGACACUUCUGAUCUUGAACUACUCCAGGAGUUGAACCGGACAUGUCGAGCCAUGCAGCACAGGGUAGUAGAGCUCAUCUCUCGCGUUGCAAACGAGGAGGUCACCGAAGAGUUGCUGCACGUCAACGAUGAUUUAAACAACAUCUUCCUGCGCUACGAGAGGUACGAGAGAUACAGAGUAGGCAGAGCGGCACAAAACAACGGGGUCCUGAAUGAGGCAUCAGAAGAGGAUAAUCUGAUAGAUCUGGGUCCUGGUUCUCCUGCAGUGGUCAGUCCUCGGGUCAGCUCUGCACCCACACAUACACCAGCAUCCACUGUGCAGCCUCCUAAUGCUGCUGCUGCUGUUGCAAGCACUGCCUCCCUCUCCACACAGCUGGCAGGACUUGAUGUUGGUGCAGACAGUGUUAGCGGCACUCUUGGCUCUCUCUCUGCUCACAACCCUCAGGACGACUUUGACAUGUUCGCCAACACCAGGUCCAGCUCUCUGGCUGACCAGCGCAAAAAUGUUAAAUAUGAGGAUCCUCAAGCUCUGGUUGGCCUAGCAUCUGCUUUAGACAUCAGACAGCAGAAUGCCACUGGGAUCCCUGUAUCGCAGUCCUCUGUCAUGGAUGACAUUGAGGAGUGGCUCUGUGCUGAUGUGAAAGGAGAAGAGGCUGAAGAAGGAGUCAUGAGUGAAGAGUUCAACAAGUUCUUAGAGGAGCGGGCCAAAGCUGCGGACAAGGCCUUACCACUGGCUCCCAGUGGAGAGCCCAGACCUCCCGUGAGUGCGCCUAGCAGCAGCCGAAAGAAGGCGGAACGGACAGAGGACAAUCUCUUUGCUUUGUAGAACAUUGACGGGAGAGAUGCUCUUCGCUGGAGGCUGAGCUUCACCACAGUGACCGCAAGCAUAUUCCCUCCAGCUUCAUUUUCCAAACGAUUGCUUUUCUUGCCUGUUCUGAUGUUAUACAGCAGCAAGUCUCCCGUCUAAUAUCCCCCAUCCCCUACUGGAGCACAGCUAAUAGAGCACUGUGAAAUCAGGCUACCGCUUGAUUACGACUAUAACCGUUACCUUCAAGUAGCUGAAGGGGAUAGUUGAGCAAGGACGACAAAGAAUAUGUAGCCGAAAAGUUGUUGAAAAGAAGUUGAGAUUGGUAAAUGCGAUGCUUUAAGCUCAGUUGUUUGAUUCCUGCCCAAAAACAGAUCGAAUGGCGCUGUUUUGUUUUAUAUUUAUUGUGUUUAUUAAUUAACUAAUGGUCUCAAAAUUUGCCAUUUCAUGAGGUGCAUGUUCCGACAAGGCUAAAUCCUAUGAGCUGAUUUUUCUGUAGCAGUUAGGUGAAGUGUUGAAUUAAAUAUGGAUUGUGACUAAACCUGUCCCGGUGGUAAAUGGAGCAUUAGUCCUAAUCAAGUGUAGGAGCACAGAGACAACUGUGCCAAGCGCGAGAGAACGUAAAAAAGACAAGUCUGCACAUGGUCUGCUCUUCGAGAUUGGUCUCAUGCAUGAUUAUGAGUGUCUGAUGAAGGAAAAUGGGUACAUUCGUCAUUAUGUGCCAAAAACCAAAGACAGUUUAGAGUAAAUUUGUUUUCAAUGGACAACGUUUUUGUAAAGAAUUUGUUCACUCUUUUUCCCAAAGAGGUUUUUCACUUCGGUUUUCCGUGUGCUGGUAUGUCUUGCGCACGGUCAAGCACUCAGCCUUUCAAAGUAUACUUGGAUGACAUACGAAUGCUUUGGACGCAUGUGCACUAUGACUGUUUUGUGAUUAUUUUUUAGCAUAAUCAAUGCCAUGCGCAUGCACUAAAUAUACGCACAGAAGAGGAAUGUUCGCACUUACUAUGCUAAUGACAAAAUUAGUUAAAUAAAUAAAUUUGCGGUCACAGUAGGCUUGCAAUGUACACGAUAUGAUGUCACAUAUGAAAACAGAAGUAUACUUUGGACUUUUGUUGAUUAGGGCUUUUGGAUCUUGCGUUUCCGGUCUCCCACGUUUGGAUGCGUAUAAGUGGGAGUGAACGGAGCACAAAGUGUAGUGUGCCUGCAAAUUUAAGUGCAUUGUGCGUGAGACGUGCAUGCAGAGAACCGAAGUAUACUUUGGACUUUCAUUGAUUAGGACUUGCGUUGGAGCUUGCGUUUCUGGUCUCCUGUUUUAAAUGGGAGAGAAUGGAGCACAAACUGUAGUGUGCCUGCAAAUUUACGUGCAUUGGGCCUCAUUAAGGAAUCACGAGCAGAACUCAUUGUUGUGUAAAUCAUUCGUAAAGCCGUUCUGACAUAAAUUCUCUAAUUCAUGAAAGUUUUCUUAUUUUCAAAACUUUAGUAGGUACGAACGAAGUUUACACCUGCUCCUGACCAUGUGUAAAUCGUGUGUAAGACAUCCAAAAGUGUGUGUUCCAUCAUGACUACGUUUUGAUAGUAGUGAAAUUAAAAAAGUAAUGAAAAAAUUAACAAAUAAUGAAAUUCUUUUUUCCCAACUACUUAUACUUUUUCCAGUAGAAGUGCUUGACUUUUCUCUAACAAAAUUAAUGCCCACUAAUGUGAAUUUGGACAGUUUUUUUUUUUUAAUUUGAUAUGAGCUCUAUAAUUUAUGGUUCAUAAUUUAGUAGAAGCAUCGGUACAUCACGUUCAGUUGAUAAUGUAUGGUCAAUGCUAAUGCUGUUAAAUCCAUAAAUAAACACAUCAAGGGCAGGUGCGUACACAGUACAACUGGGAAAAAAAAUAGUAAAGGCCCGCACUCUGUCAUAUAGCUUGCAAAUCUGUAAUAUCUUAAAGUGUUUCAGUCAAAGAUCUUCUUCAGGUAUUCUAUUAAUUUCUCUUAAGAUACUUCAAGUUGUAAGUAUAUCAAUGUUACCAUCACGAUUUACCGGAGAAGUUUCACAAAUGAUGCUGGAGAUGCACUGCGAACUGAACCAGAGAAGGUUGAUAGAGGUGGACAUCAUCCUGCCGGCAUGAACUGAAAUUUUUUUACACUCGUGUCAAACCAUUUUUAUUGACUUCUUGAACUGUUUGAUUCACAAAAGAGCCUCCGAUGACAGAAAAAACAUGCAAUGACAGUAAGUCCUCAUUCUUAGAGAUGCUAUUGUGCUUGCUAAAUCAAAAUUUUACGAUGUGAAUGCACUUCAUUUAUAAAAAAGGUUUCAUUACUGUUCCGCAUAGAUGUUAAAAGCAUUUACAAGCGAGUCUGGUGCCUUCCUUUUAUGGCGUUUUCGUGGCCUUGGAUUAUAAUAAUUGUGAAUGAACGUGCAUAUGCCUCCUCUUUAAGAAUGUUUGGAAUUCACAACAUACACACGUUUUACUAACAAAUCUGGUGAGUACGAAACGUUGGUGAAUCCGGUGCAAAGUUUUCGGGAAGGUCCGUUUUACAUGCAAAUUACUCAGAAUUUACUCAUAUAUUUACGAAAGUUUCAUGAAUGAGGCCCAUUGUGCGUGAGACUUACCGACACGUGGAAAACCACAGUUUACCUUGGAUUUUCGUUAUUUCUACAGUCUACUGGGUUCGGAUGAAUGGGAGUGAAUUGAGCGCAAAGUGUAGUGUGACCGCACCUAUACACGCACUGUGCGCAAGAUGUACCGCCAGGCGGAAAAACAAAAGUAUACUUUGACCCUCACCUCUUUGAGUUAAGUGAUUUGAAGCGUUGCUUUUGGGAUGUCCAGUAUGAAAUUACAGUGAUCCUAAAAUUCAAGACAUUUGUUUAGAAUUUUUUUUUUUCGAUAUUGUACCUUUUUAAUGUUCACUCUUAAGGAGUGUUCACACUGACAACAGUGAAAAAGCAUUCGUAAAUCAUUCAUUUUCGAUUAGAGUGAGUUGAGGCGACAUAAACGACAUCAACUGUUUGGGAUGCAACAAAGCUGGAUAUACUUUAACUUUAUUCAAAUGAAAAGUGAUGCCAUUGCUACUCGUUUAUGCAAAUGAGCAGCCACGACGACUACCAAUGGGAGUGUAGAUAGUGAAACUUACAUUAUCCGUCACCUUAUACAUUUGGACAAUGUCAAGUAGGAAUUCCUACAAGUUGGCAACUUGGUGACCUCCAGU